UCACUAUGUUUUGAGUUGCAGCCAAAUUCCUGAGGUCGAACCCUGGUCCUCUCUGGGCCACGACGACACUUGGCACAUUGAAAGUGUUUUUCUCAUUAUGCAGUUCUUUUACAUAUUUGAUUUGGUAACUCUGGCAUGACGUCUUGGGACCCUGUACUUUUGAGUCUUCCUUGUCUACAUGAACAAAAAGUACUACAGUGCUGUCAUGUUGGAUAUGAUAUACCAUAGUAAUUCCACGUUUGUUGGUGCAUGAACCAAGGUAAUAUCAUGGCAUUCUUUGAAGUACCUUGGAGUACCAUGUAAAUACCAUGGUACAUAAUAUGCCAAUCAUUCGGUACCAUGGUACUGCCAUUUAAAGGAAUUGUUCACCGAAAAUGAAAAUUCUCUCAUUGUUUACUCGCCGUCAUGCCAUCCCAGAUGUGUUAGACUUUCUUCUGCAGAACACAAAUGGAGAUUUUAAGAAGAAUAUCUCAGCUCUAUUGGUCCUCAAAAUGCAAGUGAAUGGUGACCAAAACUUUGAAGCUCCAAAAAAGUCAUACACAUCUGAGGUGGCAUAAGGCUUCUUAAAACUCUCAAAAGGCUGGGAGAGCUGCCCAUAACAGUAGACAUCCUGGUGGAAACGGGUGUUGGCAAGACUGUGAAUUCCCUUCGCAAACAUGAAGUUGCCGGGGAGGCCGCAAAAAACCUCGUGGCAAAGUGGAAGAAGUUGGUUCCAGAGAGGUCUGCAGACAGAACAAGUGUAAAGGAGGGGCGUUCCCACUCACGCAUUAAUGAGCCUGGAGGGCACAAACGAGUCAGGGAGCAGUCUCUAGAGGAACCUCUACUUAUGGAGGAUGAACACCAGGAGGAGGAAUACCAACAUGGAUACUCCCCCUCCCCCCCGCAGCACUACAGCUCACAGGACAGGGACAGCAAUGCAAGGGAGUAUCAGUCAGACGAGUAUGAAAGCCCUCCAGAGCAGGAGCCAGAUCCAGAGCCGGAGUUGGAGCCCAGUCCCCCACAAAAUGACAUUAGACACAGCAAACCACACAAAGAGCUGGUCAGAGAGCACAUUUCUCAUGAUGUCCGGGAACAGGAGAGACGGAAGCACUGUGCACAGGCAGCGGGUGGCAGCAGCACACAUAGAGCCGACAGAGAGCAACAGAGUGGGACGAGUCACAAAUCGAAACAUGAUCGGCAUAAAACCUCACAUGAAGGAAAGAGAGAAAAGAAAAGAGGAAGUGAUGGAAAAUCAAAGGAGAGAAGAGAAGUUCCAGAGCAAGUAGAUGAGGAUGAGGAGCCAUUUGAGGCUCCCACAAUGUCUUUUGAAUCCUUUCUCACAUACGAUGCUCCAACCCCAAGUAAAAAAAAGAAAAAGCAGGCCUCACGACCCACUCAGCUUCCUGCCCUUGUUCCUUCUGUCUCUUCUAAGUCUAACAAAGCCAAUGGGACCAGCAGUAAACGCUUCAAGCCAUCCUCCUCCUCUGUGACCACGCCCACUGUUUCAGAGAAACGCAAGAAGAUUGUUGAUGUGGUUCCCACUCUACCUGAUAUUCCUUUACCGGCCAUUCAGCCUAACUACAGACCCCUGCCCUUCAUUGAUCUUAAUCCACUGUCCCCCCAGAAACGCAAAGUCCCUGUGUUAUACGAUGAAGAAGAUGCUGGCUGCAUAGGCCGACGGCUUAACUCAAAAAUGGUGGUGUACUCUGGCUCAAAGAUGGCAUACUUACCAAAAAUGAUGAGUCUGUAUGAUCAGUGCAUUAGAGUCCUCCAGAACAACAUUGAUUCAAUCGAUGAAGUGGGUGGAGUGCCAUAUGAGAUUCUGGAACCAGUUCUGGAGAGAUGCACUCCUGAGCAGCUUUAUCGGAUUGAGCAGUGUAAUCAGUAUUUUACAGAAGACUCAGAUGAACUGUGGAUGAGACACUGCCAGCGGGAUUUUAAGCACGAAGCUCCUCAGGAGUUUGAGUCUUGGAGGGAACUGUAUCUCCGGCUCCAUGAGGAACGAGAAGAGCGUCUGCGCAAGCUCACAAUGAACAUCAGUUCUGCCCAUGCAAACAAACCUAAAGGGCGGCAGGUUAAAAUGGCAUUUGUCAACUCUGUUGCUAAACCGCCACGUGAUGUCCGCCGGAUACAGGAGAAGUUUGGCACUAAAAACGGAUCUCCCAGCACAAGCGCUGCUACUAUUGCUCCCUCUCCCAAGAUUAGACCAGCAUCAAACUACAGCUCCCUUAGCAAGCCCAUUGAUGUUGGCCAGUCAUCUUACAGCAGUCCCGCUGAGUCGUCCUCUCGCACCUCUGCUCCCAACAGUGCUGGUGGCCACAGUGCCAGAGAAAAACCACAGGUCAAAAAAAUUGCCCCAAUGAUGGCUAAGACUAUCAAAGCAUUCAAGAACAGAUUCUCCCGGCGGUAAAGGGAAGAAAACAGAAAAUGUUUUUGAGGAAAUGAGAGAAGAGACUGAGACUGGAGGAGGAAACCUUUUUUUGCUGUAAUGCUUCAUAGGAAAUGUGCAAUGCCCUCUCACCUCUUAUGUUUUUAUGCUUACAGUACUAUCAGUACAGCUCACUGGAAGCAAUCACAAAAAUAUCUACAUCAGAAACCACCAACACUUAAAGGUACACUCUGUAUUUUUUCUGUUUAUGCUGUGCUGGCCAAGAUGGCAGUCGUCUUAGACUUUUAGUUUUUAACAGAUGCCUGCUAUUCACAGCUAGCCAUGAAUUUUUUAUCCUGUGAGAGAAAGUGUCCAUUAAUGGGGAGGUUACUGAGAUAAAGUGAGUAGUAUUCGAUUGGUCAUGUGAUCUCAACAUGAGGCCGACCUUUUUUUAGGCUACUGAUAUAACUGGAUUCUUCAUCUCAUGUGAGUAUACAUGAUUUAAAACAUAUUUUUCAAAUGUUCUAUUAAUUUCCUUGUGUAAACCUUUUUUAAUGAGGAAAAGAUUGCUGAGUGCACCUUCAAUUAUGUCAUAGCAUUUCCUUCAUUCUCAGAUGAACAUAUUAUGAAAACAAGUGGUACACUACAUAUUACCAUGAGACACCAGAAUCACUGUUAUAUGUUUAUUUAACUGCUUACUGCUUUAACAAUUUCAUUGUCAUGGAACGGAGUAUAUGAUCAUAUGGUAGAGUGAGAGGAUUAAUGAGAUGUAAAACGUUCAAGGACUCUUCCACACCAUAUUUAUUUUAAAAUCAUUGGACCUGGACCUUGCCUUGAAUGAAAGAUCAAGAAGUCAUUUUAAUAGAUUUUAAGUGUUCUAUGGACAUUUUUAAUAAAAAUCCAUGUGUUGCUCUCA